UUGAAGCCUUGUUGUUUUCGCCUUGCUUGUCCGUUCUCUGGCAAUGUCUUCUGCCGAGAAAUGUCCAUACGAGUCUUGUCAUGUUUCGGACACACUGAAGAGAGUUCUGUGUCAUAUCCGCGACGCUCACGACCCGAAUCUCCUCCCAGGGGAUUUCAUCGCUCGCCUGAAUCUUCUUCAGUGCUCAUUCUGCAAAAGAUGGUACUUGAAGUUGAAUCAACACACUUCUCAAUGCCGUUCUCGGAAAUCCGUUUCUGAUGGUCAACGGUCAAGUCAGGGCCAUACUACACUCGGCGCAUCGUCACCUCCUGGAAGGAACGUCCGGAAGACCCUUUCUGAGUUGCCGCCGUCUCUUACAGUGCCGGAUUCAUUCUCUGGAGAUUCCGCUUGUCAUAAUCCACCUCAGCGCGUGUCCCUACAGGAUGCCCAUGCUGACCUAGAGACUGCAGCCUGGAACAUUAUCCGGGAUCUGCCCUCGGAUGCCAUUCUCAAGGCCAUUCCCCCACGGGUUGUACAAACUAUCAAGCCUGCUGCACGAGCACUCUUUCACGACUGUUGUGCUGUGGCCCUUCGAAAGAUCCAUGACAAUCCCGGUGACGAGCUAGCAUGGAAGCUGCUCUUCCUCAUUCCACGCAUGAUUCUCACGCCUAUGGUCAGGGGAGGACGUCAUGGCUUUCGUGACGUCAAAGUGAGGUAUCAGAAAUUUCUCAGUUGGAAUUGGUCGGAUCUACUUCAGCUAAAUGGAUCAACUUCAAAGAAGACGCCUCGUUGUAGUGAUAAAGCACGGAGAGCCGCUACCCUGAGGUUGGUGAGAUGUGGAGAGCUUUCAAGAGCUUCCAGGUUGUUAACCAGCAAAGGCCUAGCUCCUGCCUCAGAAGAUACCACAGCAAAGCUGGCUUCCAAGCACCCUUCCAGAGCCACGGGGUUGCAUCUUCCUUCUUUGUCUCAAGAUUCAAUCAAACUGUCAAGCUCAGCGCUGUUUGAUGCCAUUAGACGAGCUCCACGGGGUUCUGGUGCAGGUCUCUCAGGCUGGCGCUUCGAGCAUUUGAAAGUUCUACUUGAAAACGAGCUCACAGCAGAUUGUCUUUUUUCCGCUUGUUCGGCUAUUGCUAGAGGCAUAUUGCCUGCUGCUGCAGUAACCCUCUUUUCUUCAUCUCGGCUAAUUGCUCUGCCCAAGUCCAAUGGCGACAUACGACCUAUUGCAGUUGGUGAAGCUAUACGCAGGCUGACAGCUCGAGCUAUAUGUCAACAAAAAAAGGAACUGUUCUCAAGCUUCUUCUGCCCCAUCCAGCAUGGUGUGGCAACCGAGUGUGGCACUGAGCUGAUUGUCCAUCACAUUGAGCUACUCCUCCAGCACAAUCCCGACUGGGUUGUAUUAAAAUCUGAUGUCAGAAAUGCAUUCAAUUCCAUCAGCAGACAACAGAUGUUGGAGCAAGUGGUCGGGUCAUUUCCAGAUAUCUUGAAUCAUGUAGCUCAGAUGUAUGGGAGGAUCAGCCCAUUGAAGGGGUCCAUCAAGGCGACCCGCUGGGGCCAGUUCUAUUUGCCACUGCCAUUCAUUCUGUUCUAA